UCAUAUUCUUCUUCUUAUUAUUAUAAGUAAUGGAUAAGCUACCAAAGUGUGGAGCCAACUAUACUCCUUUGAGCCCCAUCACCUUCUUGCAAAGAGCCGCUGCUGUCUACUCUCAACGCACGUCCAUCAUCUACAACUCCACCCGCUUCACAUGGAAGCAAACCUAUGAUCGUUGCCUCCGUCUCGCUUCAUCUCUCCGAUCACUAAACAUCACCAAAAAUGAUGUGGUUUCAGUACUUGCACCGAAUAUUCCGGCGAUGUAUGAGAUGCACUUUGCAGUGCCGAUGGCCGGGGCUGUGCUAAACACCAUAAAUACACGCCUGGAUGCCGGCCACGUUGCCACCAACCUGAAGCACUCCGAAGCCAAGCUCCUCUUCGUGGACUACCAAUACGUGCCACUCGCUCGAGAGACUCUCGACCAUCUCACAGCGGAUGGCGCACCGGUACCACUCGUCGUCGUGAUCGAUGAGAUCGACUCUCCAACCGGUGUGCGGAUGGGCGAGCUGGAAUACGAGCAGCUCAUCAUGUCUGGAGAGGAAUACCAAUAUAAUGGAGUGGACGAUGAGUGGGAUGCCAUCGCAUUGAACUACACUUCUGGCACGACGUCGGCGCCGAAAGGAGUGGUUUACAGCCACCGCGGCGCCUACCUGAGCACAAUGAGUCUGUUGUUACAGUGGGGUGUGGGGAAUGAACCAGUUUAUCUCUGGUCCCUUCCCAUGUUCCACUGCAACGGAUGGACCUUCACAUGGGGCAUGGCGGCACGAGGCGGCACCAACGUUUGCAUCCGCAGCACCGCACCAGCCGAGAUGUACCGCGCCAUCGCUGACCACAAAGUCACGCACAUGUGUUGCGCGCCAGUCGUGUUCAACAUCAUACUCGAAGCCAAGAACGAAGAUCGCCGCCCCAUCACGUCUCGUAUCGAGGUACUCACCGGUGGGGCGCCACCUCCGGCGGCGCUGCUGGAGAAGAUCGAGGAUAUGGGGUUUCAUAUAACUCAUGCUUAUGGUAUGACUGAGGCUACAGGGCCGGCUUUAGUGUGUGAGUGGAUGGCUGAGUGGGAUCUCCGGCCGGCGGAAGAGCGGGCUGAGUUGAAAGCUAGGCAGGGGAUCAGUGUGCUUUCUCUUCAAGAAGUGGACGUGAAGGAUGCGAAGACUAUGUCAAGCGUGCCACGUGAUGGAAGGUCACUCGGGGAGGUGGUGCUACGUGGUAGUAAUGUAAUGAAGGGUUACUUGAAGAACAGUAGGGGCACGGCUGCUGCUUUCAAGGAUGGUUGGUUUCUCACAGGUGAUGUGGGUGUUAUCCAUCCUGAUGGGUAUCUAGAGAUAAAGGAUAGAUCUAAGGAUGUGAUUAUAUCUGGAGGUGAGAACAUUAGUAGUGUGGAGUUAGAGACGGUGUUGUACCGGUAUCCGAUGGUGAGGGAGGCAGCGGUGGUGGCGAUGCCGCACCCGCGGUGGGGGGAGACACCGUGUGCUUUUGUGUCACUUGUCAAGGGAAAUGUUGGUGUGACUGAGGAGGAUAUUGUGUCUCAUUGUAGGAACAAUUUGGCAAGGUUUAUGGUGCCCAAGAAGGUGGUUUUCAUGGAUGAGCUUCCAAAGACCUCUACUGGCAAAAUCCUGAAGCUCAAGCUUAGAGAGAUUGCUAAAGGAUUACAGUUGGGACAAAAUGGACUAGUGAAGAAGGUGUUUAAGAAACGAGAUGAAGGGAUCCUUAUUUGAUUAAAUAUAUAUGUUGUAUUUUGUUAACAAGUGUUUUUUUUUUUUUUGGUUGGUAAAUUAUUCAUGUGGUCUUCUGUUAUUGUUCAACGUUCUAAAACGCAUUGUACUGUUUGGUAA